AUGCCACCUACGACAUCCUCUGAUCCUUGGCUUGCCGUGCGCCGCUUCGGAAUAGUUAUCGACGCUGGCUCAUCAGGUUCAAGGCUUCAGAUAUAUAGCUGGAAGGAUCCCGAUGUGGUGCUUAGCGAGCAGGGGGAUGAUGUACGGGAUAAAUUACCCAAGGUAGAGAAGGGUGUUCAGGAAGGAGAGGAUUGGAUAAUGAAGGUUGAACCAGGCCUGUCUACAUUCGCCGACAACCCAGAGGGUGUAUCCGAAUACCUUGCACCUCUACUUAAACAUGCACGUUCUCAAAUACCUCCUUCCCUCGAGUCUGAAACUCCCAUUUUCCUCCUUGCUACAGCUGGUAUGCGCCUCUUGACAGCGGUGCAACAAGCGCGGGUGCUCAGUGCCGCAUGCAAGUAUCUCAAAAGCGCCUCGAGCUUCCGGAUAGAUGACGAGUCGAAAGACGGUCCGUGUGGGUCCAGCGUGCAAAUUAUUACUGGCGAGGAGGAAGGCUUGUAUGGAUGGAUAGCAGUGAACUAUCUCAUGGAUGGGUUUUACGGAAAGGAUAAGAAGACGACCUACGGAUUUCUGGACAUGGGAGGCGCUUCCACUCAGAUAGCCUUUGAGCCAUCUGAUAAGCUGUCGGGAGACAAGCUGAACCUUGUCGAUGUCCGGUUACGAUUACUUGGCGGAGACGAAGUCAACCACUCGGUAUUCGUCACUACCUGGUUAGGCUAUGGCACCAAUCAGGCACGAGAACGAUAUGUGGCAAAGACCGUCGAGAGUUUCAAAGAGACUGUGCUGGAGACCUCAGAAUCUCAAUCCAUACCUGACCCGUGCCUCCCAAAGGACCUGACGCUUUCCGAGAUACUUCCUCGAAUUGAUGGGUCACAUUCAACGCAUACACUCGCUGGGACAGGCUCUUUCACCCAAUGUCUGGAUCGUACUGCUUCUCUCCUCAACAAAAACGCGCCUUGCGAUACUGCUCCAUGCCUUUUUAAUGGGGUGCAUGUUCCUGCGAUCAACUUUGCUUCCUCCCACUUCAUCGGUGUCUCUGAAUACUGGUAUUCAUCUGAACAUGUCUUCGGGCUCGGCGGCCCGUAUGAUUAUGUACAGUAUGAGCGCGCUGCGACAGAGUUCUGCGGGAGGGAUUGGAGCGAUAUAGUCAACGAACACGAUCUGUCGAGAGCGCAGGGUAUACAAGGUGGUGAUGGGGAAGUUAUGAAAAACGGAGAGGUCAUGGAGGUUGGGAAGUGGGGUAGGAACGUGGAGCUUCCGAGGUUGCGGAUGCAGUGUUUCAAGGCCGCUUGGAUAGCCAAUGUGCUACAUGAAGGAAUUGGGAUUCCUCGGAUAGUUGACCCAGGAGGAAACUCCACCACGAGCGGUGAGCAAGUGGCGCACCAAGCUGAAACGAAGGGUCUGGGAAGACCUGUGUUUCAGUCUGCCGACUCCGUGGGAGACAUCGCCAUUAGUUGGACGCUGGGUAAAAUGGUGUUGGAAGCAAGCAAGGAAAUAAAACCAUCCUCAAGCAGCAGCAGGCCGCUUGCUGAUCCUAUCGACGGUAUUCCUGCUAGUACACCCAACCCUCCUAUCAAACCCAUUCGACCGUUCUGGAAUCUUGAUGUGUUGGAAGACCAUGUUUCCCCACACCUGCCGACAUCAUUGACCCGCGAAUCUCUGGGAUUUUCACUCAUCACCAUGCUCUUCUAUAUCACCGUCCUUAUUGUGGUGAGCUGCAUCGUCUUCCGGCUACGGCAUUCAUUACGCGUUGCUCGGAGACGCAUCUUACGUGGCUCGUUUAAACGUGACUCGCAUGGGGCGAUGGAAGAAGGAGUGGCGAUAUCAGGUCCUCCGUCGCCUUCCUCUUUUCUCCCUCCGUCCAUAUUACGACCUCUGCGCCGCCUUGUCUCCUCCUCGACACCAUCAUCACGUCCGCGUUUGAUUCCCAUCACUACCUCGCUCCAUCCCCCACCAACCCGAUACUCUCAAGCAUCAACACGCUCACCUCCUCCCCAUUAUAAUACUUCAGACGGGUUUAGUACGUCUACUUCUACAUCACACACUCACUCUCGCGCUCCCUCACCCAUAACUGCCACCGCUCCCGACGACGCCGGAAGGAACAGCGUAUCUUCGGUUUCUUCUAUCAACCCACGUUCGCGAAACUCGUCGCAUAUGAACUUGACACUACUUCCAAGACAGACUCUUUCUCGUGCAAACAGCGUAUUGCAGUUACCCGAUGAAUGA